AUGCAGCGGGAGACGCUGAGUGACGCCUCCGGUUACGACAGACCUGCGCCGCAAUGGUCCCGGCUACUCCACGUCGUCAUGGUGGCCCUCAAGGAAUCCGGAUGGGACGUCGGUCGGAAAGCGCGUGCAAACGAUGCCGACGCUACCUCUCCACCAAAUUUCCGUGGGUCUACAGCCCACGAAAAGCAAGUCUUCAUAGAGAAAUAUGAAGCCUAUUGUCGUCAGCUUUCGGCACUCGAGACAGCUUUCUUCCGACCAUUCAGGAUACCGGUGGGUAGGUGUGAGGAGGACGAACGGCGCCGCCUAAUCGCUAUGUUCGAUAGUUGUAAGCCGCUAGAUGAGAUUGCGGAGGCGUACUGGACCAACUACUUCUGGGAAGGACAAAUCGCUGGAGAGCUCGAUUUCGACAAGGUCAAGACUAUAAUGAGCAGUAAACUCAGUAUAGAUACUCGGUUGGCUAAUGCUGACUCGCAUGUCUCUAAAUUGGCACACGAGAUGUACCAGGCGCUGGACAAAGAGACCAUGGAGUGGAUGGUUCAGAAAAAGCCUAAGAAGUUAUUUUCCUCCAAAAAUCGUCGAAACUAA